AUGUUUAUUGCACGGAGCGAAUACGAUCGCGGGAUCAACACCUUCUCGCCCGAAGGCCGUCUCUUUCAGGUCGAGUACUCCCUAGAAGCCAUCAAACUUGGUUCCACGGCUAUUGGGGUUGCCACGUCUCAUGGAGUCCUCCUCGGUGUCGAAAAGCGUGUUACUUCGCCCCUGCUUGUUUCCUCCAGCAUAGAGAAGAUUGUCGAGAUUGACAGACAUAUUGGCUGCGCUAUGUCCGGUCUCCAAGCUGACGCACGGAGCAUGAUUGAGCAUGCCCGGAUAGAGUCGCAAAACCACGCCUUCAACUUCAACGAGAAACUGGGAGUGGAGAGUUGCACACAAGCCAUUUGUGAUCUGGCACUGAGAUUUGGCGAGGGAGCUCAAGGCGAGGAAUCAAUAAUGAGUCGGCCAUUUGGUGUUGCUCUGUUGAUUGCCGGUUGGGACGAAGACAACGGGCCACAAUUAUACCAUGCUGAACCGUCAGGCACAUUUUACCGCUAUGAUGCAAAGGCCAUCGGAUCCGGUAGUGAAGGCGCCCAGGCUGAGCUACAAUCAGAAUAUCACAGAUCAUUGACGCUAGAAGAAGCCGAGACCUUGGUAUUGAAGACCCUGAAGCAGGUUAUGGAGGAAAAGCUGGAUGCGAAGAACGUGCAACUGGCCAGCGUCACCAAAGAGAAGGGCUUCCAGAUCUACAGUGACGAGCAGAUGAGCACGGUGGUUGCAAGACUGGAAGGUGACUGA